GCCGGGUCCGCGUAGGCAGCGCGCUGGGGAGGGGCGCGGCGCCCCAUCUCGAGUCGCGGCCGUCCGGGUCCUCCCGCGCGCCCUGUAGCCCGCCGGUCCUCCUGCAGCCCGCCUGCUGGGCAGGGCCGGCUCGGCCCGGCCAUGGAGUCCUACGACAUCAUCGCCAACCAGCCCGUGGUCAUCGACAACGGUUCCGGGGUGAUCAAGGCUGGUUUUGCGGGAGACCAGAUUCCUAAGUACUGUUUCCCAAACUAUGUCGGACGGCCCAAGCACAUGCGGGUCAUGGCCGGAGCCCUGGAGGGGGACCUUUUCAUCGGACCGAAGGCAGAGGAGCACCGGGGGCUGCUGACCAUCCGCUACCCCAUGGAGCACGGUGUGGUCCGAGACUGGAAUGACAUGGAGCGCAUCUGGCAGUACGUCUACUCCAAGGACCAGUUGCAGACCUUCUCUGAGGAGCAUCCUGUUCUUCUAACGGAGGCCCCGCUGAACCCCAGUAAGAACCGGGAGAAGGCAGCGGAGGUGUUCUUUGAGACCUUCAAUGUCCCUGCACUGUUCAUCUCCAUGCAGGCCGUGCUCAGCCUGUACGCAACAGGACGCACAACGGGAGUGGUCUUAGACUCGGGGGACGGGGUCACCCACGCCGUCCCCAUCUAUGAGGGCUUUGCCAUGCCACACUCCAUCAUGCGGGUAGACAUUGCGGGCCGAGACGUCUCUCGAUAUUUGAGGCUGCUGCUGCGCAAGGAAGGGGCUGACUUCCACACCUCGGCUGAGUUUGAGGUUGUCCGGACCAUCAAAGAGCGAGCCUGCUACCUGUCCAUCAACCCGCAGAAGGACGAAGCCCUGGAGACUGAGAAGGUGCAGUACACCCUUCCGGACGGCAGCACACUUGAUGUGGGGCCUGCACGCUUCCGGGCCCCUGAGCUGCUGUUCCAGCCAGACCUGGUGGGGGAUGAGAGUGAGGGCCUCCAUGAAGUGCUGGCCUUCGCCAUCCACAAGUCCGACAUGGACCUUCGCCGGACACUGUUCUCCAAUAUUGUGCUCUCAGGGGGCUCAACACUCUUUAAAGGCUUUGGAGACAGGUUACUAAGUGAAGUAAAGAAGCUGGCCCCGAAGGACGUUAAAAUCAAGAUCUCAGCUCCUCAGGAACGGCUGUACUCCACAUGGAUCGGCGGCUCCAUCCUCGCCUCCCUGGACACCUUCAAGAAGAUGUGGGUAUCCAAGAAGGAGUAUGAAGAAGACGGCUCCCGUGCGAUUCAUCGCAAAACCUUCUAAUGCCCAAGGAGGGUGGACAUACUGGGAGAGAGGGAGGAAAGGGGAGCCAGAGCCCUUGACCCCUUUUGGUCUGGGUUCAUGCUCUAGGCCUAGGGUCCCCUGCAUGCCCAGACCCCGGAGCAGGUGGUGCUGCCAUGCCCGCCUGCAGCCUCCCCUCCCCCUGUGCUCAGCAUACACACACAGACACACAGAGAGUGACGGUUAGCCGCAUGGAUGGCAGUCCCAAGCUGGAGCAUAGGAAUUGGAGAGGCUGCCAUCGAGUUGGUGUGGGUGACCCUCUCGGCAGGGCCACUCUGGCCUGUGGUUCCUUGCUCUGUUCUCGAAGCUCCAAGACCAGACAUUCACAUGCUCCAUUUGUUCUGACAGGCUCCAGCUGGGGCUAGUGAUCCCUGGAUCACUGGAGUGGGCUGAGGGGCAGCCAGGAGCUCCCAUUAGGGUGGUGAGGCACAUUGGUGUGUUCCCUGCCAGUUUUCCUCUUCCUAGCUUGACAGGGCUGCCUGGACCCUUGGACACCCAGUUUUGCUGGGCAAAUGUCCUAGAUAGGACUGACCAGGGAACAGUCCUCCAUUCCCAGUGAAGGAAUGUGGCCAAGGGUCAGAACCUCAGAGCCAUGGCAGCCACACCCUGUGGUCUGCCCCCCCACUCCCUUUCAAGGCACUACAUUGAUCUGCUGUUCCCCGCCUUUCCCUCGGUGCCCUGGACAGGAAGGGACGAUGGUCUUUAUUUGCUGAGGGAAAGCCACUUCCUCAGGAGUGAGACCCAAAGGGUGGGCACCUCACCUCCCUCAAGAAAGGUCUUCACCAUGGCCAGGGCCCCACCUCCCUCUCCAGAGCUGAACAAUAAUUUAACACAGUUGCCUGAAAAUGAUUCUUUUUAUAAAUCAUUAUAGUAAUAAUUAUGGACAAAGCCCAA